UCUGAGCAACAUGAGCGGAAGAGGCAAAACCGGCGGAAAAGCCAGAGCGAAGGCUAAGAGUCGCUCCUCCAGGGCAGGACUUCAGUUUCCCGUUGGCCGUGUUCACAGGCUUCUCCGCAAGGGUAACUAUGCUCAGCGUGUUGGUGCCGGUGCUCCAGUCUACUUGGCCGCUGUGCUCGAGUAUCUGACCGCUGAGAUCCUUGAGUUGGCUGGAAACGCCGCUCGGGACAACAAGAAGACCCGUAUCAUCCCCCGUCACCUGCAGCUGGCGGUACGCAAUGACGAGGAGCUGAACAAGCUUCUGGGCGGAGUGACCAUCGCUCAGGGCGGUGUGCUGCCCAACAUCCAGGCCGUGCUGCUGCCCAAGAAAACCGAGAAGGCCGCCAAAGGCAAAUAAAUUAGC